CUCUCAUGUUAUGUAGACUAUGAAUUAAAAAUGAAUUUAACAAUGGACCAAUGGUUUAAGAAAAUUCACAAAAUGUAUCAAUAAAUCUUGGAGAUGUUGACUAAUUGCCUUGGUCAAUGCUAGUGUGACAAGGUAUCUUAUUUGUUUUGUGUGACUGCUUCCCCUUAGUCAACACUUGUAUUGCCAAUAAGUUUUUUUUCUGUCUUCUAUAACGACUUUUCUUGUCUUGUUCUUGUUUGAUGAGGACAUGAUAUUCAAAGCCAAAGGUCUUGUGAGAGCUUCAUCAACCACAACACAACCUCUGAGUUCCCACAUGCUUCGCUUACUCCUUUUAUGUGUUGCUUUCCUGUUUCUUACAGUUUCAGAAGCUGGCUGCAACCAUCAAGAUCAAGAAUCUCUCCUGUGGUUCUCAGGCAACGUUUCUUCCUCUGUUUCUCCUCUGAAUUGGAAUCCAUCCGUUGACUGUUGCUCAUGGGAAGGAAUAACCUGCGAUGAUUCCUCUAAUAGUCACAUCACUGCAAUCUAUUUGCCCUUUAGAGGACUAAAGGGAAAACUCCCUUUCUCUGUUCUGAAACUUCACCAUCUCUCUCAACUCAAUCUUUCUCAUAACCAUCUCUCUGGUCCUCUCCCGCUGGAUUUUCUUUCUUCCCUUGAUCAGCUCACAGUUCUUGAUCUUAGCUACAAUAGCUUCACAGGUCCAAUCCCUUCGUUCAUGUGCCUAAGCUCACCGCAGCUCAGUACACUGGAUUUCUCCUAUAAUGAUUUCAGCGGCCAUAUCCCUCGAGGACUAGGCAGGUGUUUGAGGCUAAGUGUUCUACGAGCAGGCUUCAACCAUCUCUCUGGUGAAAUCCCAAGAGACAUCUACAAUCUUUCUAAACUCGAGAAACUUGUUCUUCCAGCCAAUCAUCUCUCUGGAAAGAUCGAUGAUGACAUCACACAGCUCAAGAAACUAACGUCCCUUGAGCUUUACUCCAAUAACCUAGAAGGAGAUAUACCAAAGGACAUAGGUAAACUCUCCAGCCUACAAGUCCUCCAGCUCCACACCAAUAACAUCACUGGUACAGUCCCACUUUCACUUGCGAAUUGUACUAACCUCGUCAAGUUAAAUCUAAGGAAAAAUCAGCUGGAAGGAACCUUAUCAGAGCUUGACUUCUCCAGGUUUCAGAGACUUAGCAUUUUAGAUCUUGGAAACAAUAGCUUCAGCGGUGAGUUCCCUUGGAGGGUUCACUCCUGCAAGUCUCUAACAGCGAUGAGGUUUGCAAGCAAUAAGUUAACAGGGCAGGUAUCUCCUCAAGUACUGGAGCUAGAGUCCUUAUCAUUCUUGUCUCUUUCAGACAAUCAACUGACCAACAUCACAGGCGCUCUCAGCAUUCUGCAGGGUUGCAGGAACCUGUCCACUCUCCUCAUUGGAAAGAACUUUUACAACGAAACGUUUCCAAGCGACAGAGACUUGAUAUCCCCAGAUGGCUUCCCUAAUCUCCGGAUAUUUGCCAGCGGUGGAUGUGGGCUGAGAGGUGAGAUACCAGCUUGGCUGAUCAAACUGAAGAGCUUAGCAGUCAUGGAUUUGUCCCACAACCAGCUCGUGGGAUCAAUUCCUGGCUGGCUGGGAACUCUUCCGCAUCUUUUCUACAUCGAUCUCUCGGAUAAUCUUCUCUCAGGAGAGCUUCCUAAAGAACUGUUUCAACUAAAGGCUCUGAUAUCUCUAAAAGGCUACGACGCAACAGAAAGGAACAAUCUAAAGCUGCCUGUUUAUAUCAAUCCUAAUAAUCUUACGGCUCAUUAUCAAUAUAAUAAGCUGUCCAGCUUCCCACCUGCUAUCUACAUAAGAAGGAAUAAUCUGAAAGGAAGUAUACCGGUAGAGACUGGCCAGUUAAAAGCUCUUCAUGCACUCGAGCUCUCUCAUAAUUGUCUCUCAGGAAGCAUUCCGAAUGAGUUGUCUAACCUCACCAACUUAGAGAGGCUGGAUCUUUCCAACAAUAACUUAUCUGGUAGAAUCCCUUGGUCGUUAACAAGGCUCCAUUUCAUGUCCUACUUCAAUGUGGCCAACAACACUCUCCAAGGGCCAAUACCCACAGGCAGUCAGUUUGAUACUUUUCCAAGAGCACACUUUGAAGGAAACUCCUUGUUGUUCGGUGGUGUACUGCUCAAUUCCUGCCCUGCUCCAACUCAGUCACCUGCUACAACCACAGAUGAAGAGAAGCUAACCAGAAUAUUUACAGUUGCAGUUGCCACUGGAUUUUCUUUAACCUUUACUUUGGUUAUACUGGUGCUUAAUUGCUAUGUUGAUAUGAUAUAACAGAUGGACGACCCAAUGCUUUGACUAUAACAAAUAAUGAUUCUGUACAGAUAACUAAAAUAAGUAAUUACCUUUUGAUUUCAUAAAUAAAAUAUUGUCACA